AUGCGCGGUGAGGAAGGCCGCAAUUUUCAUGGUCGGCCUGCUGAAAGUCGACAUAACUCGUCGAGAAGCAAAAGCGCAAAUAAAGCGUCAUUUGGAGCCAGACUUUGGAAUUUCAUCAGGACAUCGAAGGGCAAUAGUUCAUCAUCUUUCAAGUCUACUGGCGGUGCAAUAGAACUCAAAAAUCAACAACUCGAUCGCGAAAUCCACCCGGGCACUACCCCCGUUUAUGAUAGAUACAAAUAUGCGCCCAACGCUAUCAGCAAUGCUCGUUACAGCCCGAUCACUUUCAUCCCGAUAAUACUGUAUGAGCAGUUCAAGUUUUUUUUCAAUUUGUAUUUUUUGGUGGUGGCUCUCUCGCAAGCUAUUCCACCGCUACGGAUUGGCUAUUUGUCCUCUUACAUCGUGCCGCUCGCAUUUGUCCUGACGGUAACCAUGAGCAAAGAAGCUCUUGACGAUAUCCAGAGACGACGCAGGGAUAACGAGUCCAACAAUGAGCUCUAUGAAGUCUUGAGCACCGCUCAGCUCGUGCCCAGCAAAGACUUGAAGGUAGGGGAUCUCAUUAAAAUUGGAAAAGGUGCAAGGGCACCUGCUGACUUGGUGCUUCUCCAGUCAAGCGAAGCCUCGGGCGAGAAUUUCAUAAAAACUGAUCAGCUGGACGGCGAGACGGACUGGAAACUCCGACUAGCUUGUCCAUUGACUCAACAUUUGUCCCAGGACGAUCUCUUGAACAAAAUAUCCAUUACAGCAUCCCCACCUGAGUCCUCGAUCGGAAACUUUUUAGGAAAACUCACUUACAACUCAUCACAGAGUCAACCGCUUUCCGUCGACAACACAAUGUGGGCAAACACUGUUUUUGCUUCGGCAGGAACCUCAAUAGCAUGUGUUGUUUACACUGGUACCGAUACUCGGCAGGCAAUGAAUACAACGACCUCCAGUGUGAAGACAGGUCUGUUAGAGCUUGAGAUAAACAGCCUGUCCAAAAUACUAUGUGCUUGCGUCUUCAUCUUAUCAGUCACACUAGUGGCUUUCGCAGGUUUUGAUAAUCAAGACUGGUAUAUCGAUACAAUGAGGUAUCUAAUUCUUUUCUCUACCAUCAUUCCCGUCUCGUUGCGAGUCAACUUGGAUUUGGGGAAGUCCGUUUAUGCUCGUCAAAUUGAACACGACAAAACUAUUCCUGAAACGGUGGUGAGGACAAGUACGAUACCAGAGGAUCUCGGCAGGGUUGAGUAUUUGCUCAGCGAUAAAACUGGAACGUUAACCCAAAAUGACAUGGAAUUGAAGAAAUUGCACCUAGGCACUGUCUCUUACACCUCAGAGACUAUGGAUAUCGUAACAGACUAUGUUAGUUCCAUGCCAUCUCAAAUGGAGUCUUCUUUAGGUACGGGUGGAGCAAAACGGGACAUGCCCACCAGAGUACGGGAUUUGAUAUCCGCGCUCGCUUUAUGCCACCAGGUGACCCCGACUUUUGAAGACGGUGAACUGACAUACCAAGCCGCAUCUCCCGAUGAGAUUGCAAUUGUCAAGUUCUCGGAAUCUGUGGGGCUCACACUUUUCAAGAGAGAUCGGCAUUCUAUAACCUUACUACACGACCAGUCCGGAGCAUUUUUCGAAUACGACAUCAAGAAGGUCUUCCCUUUCAAUUCGGAUAACAAACGGAUGGGUAUUGUUUUAUUCGACAAGCAGAGGCAAGAGUAUUGGUUUUUACAGAAGGGCGCUGAUGUGGUAAUGGCAAAAAUAGUACAAAGCAAUGAUUGGUUGGAGGAGGAGACUGGAAACCUUGCUCGCGAAGGGCUCAGAACACUAGUUGUGGGCCGCAAAAAGCUAUCUAAGAAGACUUAUGAACUUUUCGAGAAAGAAUAUAAAGAAGCUUCCCUGAACAUGCUUAAUAGAGAAGCUUCCAUGAGCGCAGUUGUUGGAAGACAUUUAGAACACAAUCUCGAGAUUUUGGGAUUGACCGGCGUGGAAGAUAAGCUUCAAGAGGAUGUCAAAUCUUCGAUUGAACUUUUGCGUAAUGCAGGUAUCAAGAUCUGGAUGCUUACCGGUGAUAAAGUCGAGACGGCUCGUUGUGUUUCUAUUAGCGCUAAGCUUGUUUCAAGGGGCCAAUAUGUUCACACAAUAACUAAGCUUAACAGAUCGGAAGGUGCUCUCAACCAAUUGGAACUUUUGAAAGUUAACAAAAAUUCGUGUUUAUUGAUUGAUGGGGAAUCUUUGGGCUUUUAUCUCGAUCAUUAUAGACAAGAAUUCUUUGAUUCCGUGGUUCAACUUCCUGCUGUCAUUGCCUGCCGCUGCACUCCGCAACAGAAGGCUGAUGUAGCCACUUUCAUUCGAGAAGUUACUGGCAAGAGAGUUUGCUGCAUAGGUGACGGAGGAAAUGAUGUUAGCAUGAUCAGAGCCGCCGACGUAGGUAUUGGGAUCGUUGGGAAGGAAGGAAAGCAAGCUUCUUUAGCAGCUGACUUUUCGAUAACCCAGUUUAGUUUUCUUUCCACCUUACUACUUUGGCACGGACGAAACUCUUACAAGCGGUCUGCCAAAUUGGCCCAAUUCGUUAUUCACAGAGGUCUAAUCAUCUCUGUAUGCCAAGCAGUAUUCUCCAUAUGCUCAAAAUUCGAACCGAUAGCAUUAUACCAAGGGUGGCUCAUGGUUGGUUACGCUACGCUCUACACAAUGGCUCCUGUAUUCUCGCUGACGCUGGAUCACGAUAUUGACCAGUCGCUCACCAAAACCUAUCCAGAACUAUACAAGGAAUUGACGGCGGGAAAAAGUCUAUCGUACAAAACUUUUUUUGUUUGGGUGGCAUUGUCGUUGUUCCAAGGUUGCAUUAUCCAAGGCCUGUCUCAGGGCCUCACAAGCUUGCAAGAAGUGGAUUAUAUGCGCUUGGUCGCUUUGAGUUUCACUGCUUUGGUUCUCAACGAAUUGAUCAUGGUUGCAAUUGAAAUUUACACAUGGAAUAAAGCAAUGAUUCUUUCCGAACUGGUUACAUUUAUCAUAUUUGUGGGGUCAGUGCCUUUCCUCCAGGACUACUUUGAUUUAUCAUUCAUGAUCAAGCCUAUAUUCUACGGGAAACUUGCUACUAUCCUGGGACUUUCCAUCAUACCAGUUUGGGCUGCGAAGGCUUUGCACAGGAAGCUAAAUCCUCCUAGCUAUGCCAAAGUUCAGCAAUUUUACUUUAGUGCUUAG